UUCGGCUGCGAGCUGUUUCCAUGAUCUCCAGCACACCAACAGCUGUGAAGCUCAGAGCUGUGCUCCUGGGUAACAUCUUGAUGCUGUUGUUGCAGAUGGAGAGAAACAGGACUUGGUAGUUCAAUUGGAAGCAAAUUAUUCAGAAGAACUUUCUGGGGAUCUGGAUUGCUUUUACCAUGGACUCCUCAGCUGUCCAGCAGGAUCUUCAUUUGGAGAACAGAAGCAGUAAUGGGGCCCCUAGCACCUCUGAAGAACUUCUGGAUUGUAAAGCCAAGUCAGAUUUGCCAGUUACAGCAGAUGAAAUUAACACUACCAGUGUUAACAUCAAUGAAGUGCCAAAUGAAGAGGGAAGUCUGGAGAUAAACUGCAAAGUGGAUGCCUGCCAGAAUGGGCCAGAGUCGCUCUUCCCUGACUCUCGUGUAUCUUUUGGCCCCACCAGCAGUGCACAGGGUCAAGAGUCAUCCCCAGGUGUGACUGGUUUCCAUGGCAGCCUAAGGAAGUCUCAGGGAACUAGUGCUGAGGGCAUAGUUCUUAGAAAAGAAGCUUUGCAGUCUCUCAAACUAAGUCUUCCCAUGCAAGAAACUGAAUUGUGCUCAGUAGAGCCUUCACUCCCAUUGGAGAAAGAAGAACAAAUAAGACUUCAAGCAAGAAGACGGCUAGAAGAACAGCUCAAACAAUACAGAGUGAAGAGACAUCAAGAAAGAUCGAAUCAGUCUACAUCCAAAAACCGGCCCUCCAGCACCCUAGAUCCUGAGCUGAUGUUAAAUCCAGAAAUCUUGCCAAGAGCUAACACUGUAGCAAUGACAAAAGAAUACUCCUUUUUGCGGACCAGUGUCCCCAGGGGGCCAAAAGUGGGUAGCCUGGGACUUCCAGCAUCCUCAAAAGAGAGAAGAAGUUCAAAAUGUAAGGCCAGUAAGAUACGGUCCUUGGCUGACUACAGAACUGAAGAUUCAGGCUCUAGAAAUGCUACUGGGAAUUUUGUGGCUACUGAUUUACCUGGUGGGACUCUGAAGCAAAACAGAAGUGGUCCAGCAUCAGUUGUGUCUGAGAUUAGUCUACCCUCUGACACAGAUGAUCGAAUAGAUAAUUCCUCCUUGGCAGAAGAUAGUGUUUCAGAGGUUGAUGGGAGUGAAGUGGGAAUGAGGCUGGAUGGAAAUGAGAGUGACAGCUCUACCUACAGCAGUGUGUCAGGAAAAGGGCUGUAUAACAGUUUACAGAAUGCAGAAGGCAAACAGGGUACUCCAUAUACAGUAAAUGGUCAGAAGAUACAUCCUGAUGCAAUGGGGCAAUUUCCUUCUAUCAGUGAGGUGCUACAGGCUGCAGCAGUGGAGCAUCAAGCCCAAGAGCAAGAAAUUAAUGGGGAAGUACGGAGCAGGAGAGACAGUAUUUCUAGCAGUGUUUCUAUGGAAAGCUCUGUCACGGGAGCUCAUGAUGAAAUGUUGCAGGUUCUGAAGGAGAAGAUGAGACUUGAAGGGCAACUAGAAGCACUCUCACUAGAAGCUAAUCAGGCUCUCAAAGAGAAGACUGAGCUACAAGCCCAACUUGCAGCUCUGAACAUGAAGCUUCAAGCACAGAUGGAGCACAGCCAAAAUAGCCAGCAGAAGCAGGAAUCUCUGAGCUCAGAAGUGGCCACAUUAAAGCAGUCUUGCUGGGAUCUGGAACGAGCUAUGGCUGACCUGCAAAAUGCCUUGGAAGCAAAGAAUGCUAGUUUGGCUUCUUCAAAUAAUGAUUUGCAGUUAGCGGAGGAGCAGUACCAAAGACUCCUGCUGAAGGUUGAAGAUAUGCAAAAAAAUGUUCUCACCAGGGACAGCACAGUUCAUGAUUUAAGACAGCAGAUGGCUUCCUUACAGAACCAGCUUCAGAAGGUGCAGUUGGAACGGACCACACUGACCAAUAAGCUAAAGGCAUCUGAAACAGAAAUCACAUCACUCCAAAAUGUGCGGCAGUGGUACCAGCAGCAGCUUGUACUAGCACAGGAGGCCCGUGUCAGGCUGCAGAGCGAGAUGGCCAAUAUACAGGCUGGGCAAAUGACCCAAGCAGGUAUGUUGGAACAUCUCAAACUAGAGAAUGUGGCCCUGUCUCAGCAGCUGACUGAAACCCAGCACAGAUCCAUUAAAGAAAAGGAACGUAUUGCAGCCCAGCUGCAAAAUAUUGAGGCUGACAUGUUAGAUCAGGAAGCUGCCUUCAUGCAGAUUCAGGAGGCUAAAACCAUGGUGGAAGAAGACUUGCAGAGAAAACUAGAGGAGUUUGAGGAUGAAAAAGAGCAGCUUCAGAAAAUGGCUGAUUCUGCAGCAACACUGGAGCAAGAAUUGGAGCAGGUCAAGUUGACUUUGCAUCAGCGAGAUCUGCAGCUUGAAUCUUUACAGCAAGAACACUUAGACCUGAUGAAGCAAUUCACUCUGAUCCAAGAGACAUUGCACACCAAAGAGCAGUCCCUGGAUGACCUGCAAACGCAGUACGAUGAACUGAGGGCUAGAUUAGAAGAGUUCCAAAGUGAUGCUACUUCUAAAGAUGACACGAUUCAGUAUUUGCAGAAUGAGAAGAUUGUCUUGGAAGUAGCUCUGCAGGCAGCAAAAGCAAGCAAAGAGCAACUUGAUGAAGGAGCAGCACACCUUGGAGAAGAUACAGAAGUAGCAUCACAAGUCUUGGAACAAAUGAGGCAAGAAAUGGCAAUCAAGUCAAGCCAGGUAGAAAAUCUACAACAUGAAAAUGCCAACCUUAAAAAACAGGUUCAAAAAGUGAAGGAGCAGUUCCUGCAGCAGAAGGUAAUGGUGGAAGCUUAUCGAAGAGAUGCAAGUUCUAAGGACCAGCUGAUUAGUGAACUAAAAGCUACAAAGAAGCGAUUGGACUCAGAAGUGAAAGAGUUAAAACGAGAGCUAAUGAAAGUUCAAGUUGAAAAACAGUCGCUUGAAUCUGAACAUUCAAAACUACAGAAGGAAGUAUCUCAGGUUCACCAGCAGAUGGUGGAAAUAGAAAAUCAGCUUCAGUCAGUGCAGAAAGAACGAGAUGAAAUGGAAACACGCCUACAGUCUUUGCAGUUCGAUAAGGAGCAAAUGGCAUCUCUUGCUGAGGCAAAUCAGGCAUUGAAACAACAAGUAGAACAAAUGCAAGAAGAAGCAAAAAAGGCCAUUACUGAGCAGAAACAGAAGAUGAAGCGUCUAGGGUCAGAUCUGACGAGUGCUCAGAAAGAGAUGAAAGCAAAACAUAAAGCCUAUGAAAAUGCAGUUGGCAUUCUUAGUCGUCGGCUGCAGGAAUCUCUGGCUGCAAAGGAAUCUGCUGAAGCAGAGUUGAGCAAACUAAAAACACAGAUCACUGAUGGUGGAAACAACCAGAUUGCUCAAGAAAGGAUUCAAGCUCUGGAGACAGAAUUGCAAGCUGUUAGCAGCAGUAAGAUGAUGCUGGAAAAAGAGCUGCAAGAAGUGAUUUCACUUACCAGCCAGGAGCUUGAAGAAUACAGAGAGAAAGUGCUGGAACUUGAGGAUGAGCUUCAGGAAUCUAGAGGCUUCAGGAAGAAGAUAAAACGCUUAGAAGAAAUUAAUAAGAAGUUGGCCCUUGAACUGGAGCAUGAACGUGGAAAACUUACAGGUCUUAGUCAGUCCAAUGCUGCUUUGCGGGAACACAAUAAUAUCCUUGAAACAGCACUAGCAAAAAGAGAGGCAGACUUGGUACAACUGAACCUACAGGUUCAGGCUGUCUUAAAGCGGAAAGAGGAAGAGGAUCAGCAAAUGCAACAACUUAUUCAAGCUUUGCAGGCUUCCUUAGAGAAAGAAAAGUUAAAAGUUAAAGAUCUUAAGAAGCAGGAAGCAGCAGCCAAAGCAGAUGCAGCACAUAACCGCCGUCAUUACAGAGCUGCUGCGCUCGAGCUCAGUGAAAUCAAGAAAGAGCUACAUGCCAAAGAACUGCUUGUCCAAGCCCUUCAGGCUGAAGUGGACAAACUGCAGGUAGAGGAUGAAAAACAUUCCCAGGAGGUAUCACAGUUUCAAGAAGAGCUGGCAGAAGCCAGGUCUCAGCUCCAGCUUUUGCAGAAGCAGCUGGAUAACAAGCUUAGUGAACAGCCUGUAGGAAGCCAAGAGGUGGAAGACCUAAAGUGGGAAGUAGAACAAAAAGAAAGAGAAAUUGAAACACUUAAGCAGCAGUUGGAUAUGAGUGAACAGCGCAGCCACAAAGAGUUAGAAGGGAUACAAGUUGCCUUGCAGAAUAUUAAGACUGAGUUGGAAAUGGUGAGGGAAGACCUGUCAGUGACUCGGAAGGAUAAGUUUAUGCUUCAGGCUAAAGUGACUGAACUGAAGAACAGCAUGAAGUCACUGCUGCAGCAGAACCAGCAACUGAAGCUGGACUUGAAGCAUGGCAAAAUGAAGAAGAAGAAGGAACUAAAAGGAGAGAAUAACUCUUCAAAUCCUGUGACUCCAGUCAAGAUUCCUGAUUGUCCAGUGCCUGCUGCCUUGCUGGAAGAACUGCUAAAACCAUCGACAGCUGUGAGCAAGGAGCCUUUAAAAAAUCUGAACAGCUGUCUCCGGCAAUUAAAGCAAGAAAUGGACAGCCUUCAGCGUCAGAUGGAGGAACACACCAUUACAGUACAUGAAUCAAUGUCUUCAUGGACUCAGAUUGAAGGGCAACUAGUGGACUUUAUUUCUACCAGUCCUGCAACUGCAUCAGACCAGCAGGAGGUUCCUAUCGUAGAUGAAAAGAAACAGAACUGUAGUGUUAGUGACCAGGAAGCUCUGUCACUAUAACUCCCUUAUCAGUUGUCUUUCUUCCUAUUGCUUUAAGUAUGUAAACAAAUCUUUAUUGAAGUUAUUUAUUUAUUUCGUUUUUAAGAACGGUGUUUCAAAGUUGUGCUUUUGCCUGUAGAAGCAAAGGACAUGGUUUUGAGAAACUGGUGUAACAUUAAAUGCAGAACAUGCUAUUCCAAGGGUUUGUUUCAAACCUUACCAUAAUAAUUCUGUUAUGUUGGGGGCUUCCAAGUGGUGAAUCUAGCUCAUUUUGGUGUUGAGACAUUCAGAUGAAGGUGUAAAAUGAGGUCAAGAGGAGCAUCUGGUUCCAACUCUGUAUUUGUUCAAUCUGAGUGAGUUUGUUAAGGAAUGAUUAUUAAUAAUAUGGUAUCUGGGGUUUGUUGUUUGUUUUGCUUAAAUGUGGGGUGUGUUUGGUUUUGGUUUUUUUUCCCCAUAUCUUGGGUUGUAUCCAAAUCAUAGGGAAAAAUUAAGUUCUGCUCACAUUCGGCCAUUACCGUUAGUUGAGAACUUCCUCUGUCAUCCCUCCUAUAAUGUCUUAUUCUUGAAGCUUGGGUUAUAGAUAUCUUUAUAUAAAGAAAAAAAAAUCAUUUGAAGCCAUUUCUAGUUACAAAGAUGACCUCUGACCUACAGCAAAAGAAAAGACUGUAAUGACAAGCAAUGCAGAGCAGAAUGUACUGUUGACAGAUCUGCCUGGGAUGUUUUCUGAAGUAUCAGUUUUUCUCUUACAGUCACAGGCCAGUAGGGAGCUUUGCUUCACUGCACAAACACUUCUUGCACCUUUUUAGUUCAACUUUUGAAGUAGACACCCUUGAAACAAGGUAUGUGUGUAAUAUAUACAUAUAUAUAUAUAAGAAAUAAUUUUUUGACUCUGAAUAUCUGUUCUAAUAUGCUUAUAUACUGUAAGAUAAGGCUGACAUGAGGGGUUUUUGUUACCUGUCGCUGGUUUAAUGUUACAUUUAAGUUUGCUGGUUUUUGACAUACUGUACAAGUGGCUUAGGAAAAUUAGCCCCUAAAGCCAGAGCUUUUAGAAAUGUAAUUAUUUUUACUUUAAAAGACAAAAUUAUAAUGCCUGUAAAAUUAUUAUUUUUAUUAGCUUUAUCUUCUCCCACACUUUCCCUACUUACUGCACCCUCUAUUACAAAGUGACAGUCAUGAAUGGAAACAUGAGUACUGUGGUAGCCCCUCUGCAGAGCAUCUUGACUGGAUUAUUAUGAAAGCAGGCCACUCUAGAUUCCUUUGCCUUUGAUCCUGUUGCUCCAUGUGACUCCUAGUGCAGCAGUGAGCCUGCCCUUUCCUUCAAAGAUUCUGUGUGGAGUGGGACUUUCAGAAAUUUAAUCAGUUCUAUCCCAGAUAGUUUGGAUUUAAAAAAAACCCAACAAUCUCUUAAGUAUACAAAUAGAUGAAGUGGCUGGUGGAGGGAAUUCUGGUUUGUGUAUUUUUCCAGAGAGACUGUUGCUGCUUUUAGAUGGAUUUGGUUGAUGCAGGGGAAUGAUUGUAGCUUGCUUAGCAGUAAGGCAAAAAAUAAGCAAAAACCCCAGUCACACCCGUUUAAUUUAAUCAGACCCAUAAAUCCGAUUUCUUGUAACUACAAAUUCAAGAUCCAGUCCAGCUGAAGGCUUUGCACUCAGUGUCUAUAUGGACUGACUUCAUGCCCCUCAGCUAUUUCACCUUACGUUUUAUUGGGAUCAAAGUCAAGUGAUGCUAGAAGUCGAGGUUUUGAAAUUGGUGAAGGAAGAAACGCAUUGUCAUGGCAUUAAGUGCCUGUCAGACAGAAUUACCAAACAGUUAAAAGUCAAAAGUUUUACAGAUUAGCUUAGAUGUAUGUUAAUGUCUGCAUACUGCUGCAGUCUGUUUUGCAGAGUAUAUGGUACUGAUUAUCUCACUGCUGUCAUGUUCUUGAAGUUGCCUGUAUAUUAAGCUUGAAGAAAAAAACCCAGCACAGUAUUGUUACAAAGUUAAAAGUAUGUAAUGAAUAAUAUAUUCAGCAUAAAAAAAGUUUUCAAACGUUCAGGAUUUUAAAUAAACUUAACACAUGUUCAGCAUUAAUGUUGCUGUUCAUUUUAGUAAAUACACUGCUUACAGUUAGGAAUCCAUUAUGUUUUAAUCUCUGAAGUUUGGUAACACUUGUAUGGACAAAGUUUUUAUCUGGUAUCAAAGAAACCAGAAUUGUUAGAAACCUUCAUAGCUCUUCAGAAUGUCUGCUCUUCUCUCCUUUUUGUAUAAAUAAUCAUACUGCAUUCUGUUUUCAGUGCAGUGCUGCAUUUUCUCACUAGUUCCUUAAAGACCUCUGAGCUUACACUGUCAAAUACCCUUAGGUGCUGUGUGCUUUUCCUUUUUAAGAUGAGGGAGCAGUUGUGAAGUGCUCAGGUUACAUUUCCACUUGGACAUGAGGUAUUUUUGGUUUAUAUUCACCUUGUGUUUUUUCUACAAACAGAAGCACCAUGCUAUUUACUUCAGUUGAGGACAGAUGGUGAGACUUGAGAGUCUAAAUGUAGUGAGGUACUAAGUCAAGUUACAGAAGUCAGGGGGAAACCUAGAAGGAGCACACAGCAUGUGAUAAAAGAAAGGCCUUUUAUUUGAAGCUCAUAAACUAUGUUUUUUAAUUAUAAUGGGAAGUAGUUGCUGUUUUAUUAAAAAGCCUCACUCUGAGGUUGAACUUGCUCACGCUACAGAGCUUCAGGUCUCUGCUGUCUAGGCAGUAAGCUAAACUAAUGGUAGGAAAGAAAACUGCCUCCCCUUUGCUUGUCACAGCACUGCCAGAUGGGAGGACAAUCUGAACAAUACUCUCUUAAACACUCCAUUCUUUUCCAAGCACUGCAAUAGAAUGUAUUUUCUGUUUCUUCAGUGGUUGCUACCUACUAAACCAAGUCUUAGUGAAGGAGAAAUGUCACUGCAGUGUGAGUGUGUUUCCCAAGUGAUGAAAGUAGGUAAAUGCUGCAUUACUUUUUCAGAUACUGUUGGGUUUUGGGGGACUCUUGAAUAAUUUUGCAUUAAAAAAAACCCCAAACCAAGCAAACCCAAAACAUGACCAAAAAAGACCAGCAAACUGUACAAUGGGAAAAAACAUGUUAGAGUCUCUGUUGUUGCUGAAUGCUCCAUUCUGUUGUCUUCCAGCUUUCUUGGAAAUACAUGUGCACUGUAUUGGGAUCUGUUGAGCCCCUUACCUACUCAUACAAUGGGGGGAUCUGAUCCUAUACUGUUUAUUCAGGCAAUACAGUAACUGAAAUCUAUGAGAAUCUCACAUGUGUAAGGAGAAGAGUAACAUCCGGAAUGGAAGUUCUGGUGCUUGCAUUUUCAUGGAUUAUGUAUUCCUUCAUAGGGGAGUGAACUGCAGUGGUAUGGAUGUUUUAAUGUUAGCUAUGACAACUUAAAAGGUGCACUGGGGACAGAUACUAUUAUCAGUAUAUAUUUAACUUGAAGAUGACACAUUCACUACAGGUGAUGCAAAAGCUCACGAUGUAUGUUUUAUUAACUUUGCCAGGGAAGUGUGAAUAGUUGCAUGUGACUUGCUGUGACCAGAGCCUUUAAUUAUUUUCAUGUGAAAGCAAUUACUAGUCCAAAGUAAUUACUACUGCUCAUCAGCUGUCAUCUGAUCACUCUUGUCUCCUAUGCUAUUGUGUAACACUUCAGUCUUGGGCAGUAGGGCAGCCUAAUUUCCAAUACAGAUAUACAGAUUUCUAGGGGAGGGAAAGAUAUUCUGGAUAUUGUAAAUGAAACACUGUUAUGUUUUAUACAUGACAUUCAGUAAUGUCUGCUUAUGCUGUAUUUGUAAAGAUAGAAGUUAAUCAUUUCAUGUUCUUGAAUGGGUAACCCAGGGGAUGGAGGAGUUACACUAUGUACAAUUAAUAUUUAUGAUCAUACAAAGCAUGUUGAUUAUAAAAAAUAAUGUGCAUAGGAGUUCCUUUAAAAGUUUUGUGCAAUAAACUAUUUUUGGUAAA